AAACAGGCAGACUGGGCCACCAAUGCUCCGUACACUGAACAACGUGUUUCAGGAAGAAGUUGGUACCUGAAGCCCGUAUGCGGUUAGUUACCACGCUAACGGACACUAUGAAUCAUAUCCCACUGUAAUGAUUUUUCUUUCCACCGUUUUUAAAGACUUGCACAAUGAACGACAUGGAAUUUAGUGUCCCCCUGUCUUCGCUGGCACUCCUGGUCCCGCCACUACGCCUGAUGUCGGCAGUGAUGUGGGAAGUGGUACGCCAGCGAAACAUAAAGCACUAUGGGAAACUGGAGGAGUUUGUGUCCAUGGUAACAGAUGCAGUUCCUGAACUAAUGAGUAAAAGAGAAGGGAGGCUGCUCUCACUGGGCCUCAGAGCAAGGACAACUCUUGAGCUGUUACGUUCUGAACACCCUGAAGAUCUUAAGGCUGUUGAGACCCACCUUAACCGAAUUCGAUCUUCUUGCAUUGAAGAGACAAAUGAUCCGAUAAUUGAAGCACCAGAGGCAAACUUUAUGAAGUUGGUGCAAGGUCUCAUUGAAGACACUGAUGGCAGAGAACAUUUCCUGAAGAACGUGUUUCCUGUGGAGUACGGCCCUGACUUCGACACAGCACUGGAGACUUUAGUUAGUGAAUUCUUUUCCAGACUGGAGGAGCUGCUGCCAAUACCAGAUUUCAAACAGACUGCCUCUUGGAUCAGUGCUGCCCCUUCUGUCCUAGAGGAGUACAUGCAGUGUGUCUCAAAUGGAGACGAUCUUAAAUUUCUUCUCCAAAGCAAACAGUGCCACGGGAAACUGGCAAAGAGUAGCAUCGCUCCCUUUCAGUCAGAUGAUCUUCUCAUUCCCUCUCUGUCCCUCCCUCCAUCACUGGAAGUGGCCAUCGCUUCCCAUCCGAGUGCUUGUGAUGAUGAAAAUAAUGAUGUUCCCCAGAUUGUCAUGUUUGAUGAAGAACUGUCAACAAACCCUUCCACAUCGACUGACUUCCCUGAAUCACCAAAAAGGACUGAAAUAUCUCCUCGCAGGAGACAGCAGCCAGGAAUACAUAAAUGCCCCGAGUGUGGCAAAUGCUUCAAGCAUCACUCAGUCCUUAUUGAGCACCAGAGGGUCCACAGUGGGCUGCAGCCUUACAACUGCUCUGAGUGUGGAAGGGCUUUCAGAACAGCCACGUUGCUAGCUGGUCACAGGCUCCGGAAGUGCAAAAAUGCUGCAUAUCUGUGUAUUAAAUGUGGAAACAGUUUUCCAACAUCACUGGACAAGUUCAGACAUCACUGCCCAAAACGGGGCCGUAACUACGACUGUGUUCACUGCGGAAAGAGUUUUCAAAAGUCCAGCAGCUUAAAGGAACAUGUACUAACACAUGUUCAAAGCCGACUUUUUAAAUGCAGCCAUUGUGGGGUGGGUUUUUCAGGCAUUGGUGACCUGAAGUAUCAUCAGCAGGUAGAUCAUGAUAAGCCCUAUCAGUGUAAGCAGUGUGGGAAGAGCUUUAUCUCAUCCAAGUGUCUGACCAAACACCAACAGCGCCAUGAAGAGGCUGGUGAAAUGGAGGCCAUCAAAUUAAUGAGCAGAGGUAAACAUAGGAAAAGUGGCUCAGCCCAUCGGACUUCCUCGAUAUCUCUGUCCUCCAGGAAGACAUCGGCCAAAGCUGUCUACCCACGAGGACGAGUCACUCAUAACUGUCCGCUGUGUGGAAGGAGCUUCAAGUAUCGUUUUGAGUUUCUCGAGCACCAGAGGUUCCACACUGCAGUGAAACCUUACAAAUGCUCCCAGUGUGGCAAAGCCUUCCGCACAGAGGCUCACCUCUCUGGGCACCGGAAGAGAAAGUGUAAAAAUGCUGCCCACAUCUGCACCAAGUGUGGGUGUCAGUUCAGGUCUUUACAUGAGCGGGUCAGACAUCAGUGUGUGCAGCUGCUGACAAAAUAUGAAUGUUCUCAUUGCGGAAAGACCUUCAAGAUGGCCCAUCUGCUGAGGAACCAUCAGAUGAGUGAACACCAGCUUCCCUACAGCCCCAACCAUCGCUUCCGGUGCAGGUACUGUGAUGAGACCUUCCCUGGGAUCAGCGAGCUGAAGUACCAUCAGAGAGUUGACCACGAGAAACCCUACCAAUGUCAGGAAUGUGGCAAGUGUUUCCUGUCUGAGAAAUGUCUGGCCAAUCAUGAGCUGCGCCACAAUGAUGACAGACCAGAAAGCUGCCUAGUCUGUGGCCGCGGCUUCAGAAACCGCUAUGAUUUGAAGCAGCACAUGCGCACUCACACAGGUGAGCGACCUUACCAGUGUACCCACUGUUCACAGUGUUUCUCCACCGCAGGAGGACUGAGGAGUCACACCAGGGUUCACACGGGUGAGAAGCCUCAUGUUUGCCCCGACUGUGGAAAGGCUUUUUCCCAGAUGGGUGCAAUGCGCACACACAGGCUCACCCACACAGGAGAGAGACCAUUCAAGUGUACAGUGUGCGGCAAAGGUUUUACAAUGGCACACAAGGUAACAGUUCACAUGCGUGUGCAUACUGGAGAGCGGCCAUAUGUGUGCUCUCAGUGUGGCAAAGCCUUCUCAGAUGGCAGUGUGCUGAAGCAGCACAUGCUGAACCACUCAGGAGUGAGACCCUACCAUUGCCAGAUCUGUCCUAAGACCUACACCUGUCUGAACCACCUGAGAAGGCACCUGAAAAGCCACUCUAACAUGAACUGAGCCAGGCACAAAGGCAAACUGUAACAGAAUCGAGAGACAUUUUGUCGACUGCAGUGUUUCCAGGCAAUACAUGAAAGAAUAUAGAAUGUUGUAAGUAAAUGGAUUCACGACAGCCAUUUGUAAAAGACUACAGCAACUAGCACAACAAUUGGUUUUCUCUCAUCCUUCACCAGGCUCUUCCCAGAGCUUUCUUUUUUUUUAUGCAUGAAUACAUUAGAAUGAUAAAGUGGACAUGAUUUGAUGCCGUGUGUUCAGAACAGGAGCUUUAAUAUUGGUGAAAAUAUAUUUUUGGAAAGGCCUCAAAGGUAACAGACAUGAAUUUUGGCGCUCUGUAAAUAUGCUGAAAGAAAUACUGUGGGAGUGCAAAGUUGCUGACACAUGGCAUGACUUUAUUCCUCUGGGCCUUUUAUAUCUCUGCUAUGGUUUGCAAGGUAUGUGAAUUUCAAAUUAAACUACCUUGGCUACACCUUGUGCAUGUUGAUUGAGUUUAUUUAAUAACUAAAAAAAGGUUGCAUGUACUAUGAAAGGUUUCACUAGAUGGCAGUAGGUGACCCAGUAACCAUUUCCUCUUGAUAUUCAUGCAUUAUCAGGCGGUGCUGGCCGCUUGUGACUGUAGGAAUUCAGUCAUUUUCAGUCCCUUAACCGAAGCUUCAUCUACUAAAUUGUUGCUUUUUUAAUUGACAGGAAGCAAUCACAUGUUCUUUUCUGCAGACUGUAGUAAGGUAGAGACAAAUCCGGAGGGUUUUUGAGGACACCAGAUUGAUGAAAGGAUUCAUGCAAUGGAUGUUAGUCUGGCUCAUUUCCUCUUAUUAACUUCAUUUAGUCUGGUUCAGAAUCUUGAUUAGCCUGUAAUUUCCUCAUGUUUUGACUGGCGCCCAGCAGUAUCUCAAAAUGGUGUAAACAGUCAUGGAGAACUCUUCACUGCCUUCUGUUUGUACAGUGCCACUUUGGCCUAUAACUAACAGUAAAGUUUGAUGUCGACCACUAUUGUUCAGAGUGCAUUUAUUAACUGGGACCUCAGGCAAAUGAAGUCUUGAGACCUAUUGUAACAGGCUCAUUGUGAGUAAUAUUUUCCAUCUGUGCUGCCCUGACUUUUAUGUUUUCACUGGCAAGAGAAACUUUUUUUUUAAGCCCUCAGUU